ACACACAUACUAGAAGUCUAGAACACUGUGUAGUGUCUACUCUUACACUCCGUUCCCUUCAUUCCUUUUAUUCAGUGCGUGCGGGUGCAUCGAGAGCCACGUACACCAUCACAGGCCUCGACACUUCGCCGGUGAAAAUGAUCGUUUGCGUCGCUGUCGUUGGUCACCAGAACAAUCCGUUGUACAUACAGAGCUUCACGGAAGCCGAUGAUGCUCUCAAGCUUCAUCACAUCGUCCAUUGCUCGCUCGAUGUGGUAGACGAAAGAGUGAACAAUCCUAAGAAAUCUGGACCGAUGCUGAAUGAGACAUUUCUGGGAUUGCUUUAUCCUAUCGAAAAUUACAAAGUCUAUGGAUAUUUGACUAAUACAAAGGUGAAAUUUAUCUUGGUGACCACGGAUCUGGAUGUUAAAGAUGCAGAUGUAAGAAAUUUUUUCAGGAGAUUCCAUUCUGCAUAUGUAGAUGCAGUUUCAAACCCAUUCCAUGUGCCAGGUAAAAAGAUAACAUCCAGAACUUUUGCAGAAAGAGUGAGCACAAUCGUCAAGUCAUUUGGUUUUAGUUCGGCUGCGUGAACAUCUAUUAUUGGUGCUAGUCUGAUCCUUUGUUGAUAUCUGGCACGAAACCUUUUUUAUUUCUUUUUACCUUGUAACUUUAGUAUUCCUUAGGAAUUGAAUUUCGCCAUGGUAAAAUAUGCUUAGGAACAUUUUCAACAGGGUUUAAUGUUCAUUGUUCAAUACUCCCUCCGGCCUCAUAUGUAAGCAAAAGUAGCUUUUUUAGAUUCAUUGGAAAAUUGAUGUAUUUAGUCUAAAAUAUAGACCAAAUACAUCACUUUUUUAAUGAACCUAAAAAUGCUACUUUUGCUUACAUAUGUGGCCGGAGGGAGUAUAUCAUAUUAAAAAUGAAUCUUCACAUUUUUUUUUAUACUUUCCCUUUAAAUUUACUGAUACUAAGAUAAAUUUCUAUGUUGCUGAACAUGUAAUCUUGAAGUGAGGUUUUUGCACUAGCGGGAAACAGUGAUGCAUUGCUGCCCUGAAAUGGUUGGGAGUUAGAAUUAAUUAUUGGAGUGGCUUUGUGGGGUGUUUCUUGUUAGUUAUGUCCCUUUAUAAAGGCUUACUAUUAAGCAUUAUAGUAACAGGGCUCGUAGCAAGAUCUUUGCAACACCUAUGGAAUUGUGCUCUGCAUAAGAUGGAUAUCAUAACAUAUUUCUAGGAAUGUGGUAAAUCACAUAGUGUACCUUAUAUUUUAGAGAAUCUGUUGGUAUCAUAUAGAUUGAGAAUUAAGAAUAUACUUUGAUGGCCUAUGAAGAUUGGUUCGGUUGAUAAGAACUUGGUUUAUAACUUGCAAGGACGUGAAGACCUCUUUGGUGGGUGAUAUGUAAGUGUAUUCUCUAUAACUAUAAGCGUUCUACCUUGACCCUAACUUGUCUAAA